GAAAGGGAAGGGAGAGGACUGGUAGAGAGGAGGUGGUGUCAGUGUGUGAGAGGCGGCUGGGCUCUGUCUCCUCCUUCAGGCGCGCGGACGCUCCCCGUGCUCCUCCUCGCCAUGGCCGGCCGGAGAGGACCAGCAGCGUCUCGCGCCGCGGCGGCUCGGGGGCGGGCUGGACGGAGAGGCGCGCGGGGGGUUGCGGGGCGAGCGGCAGCCUGCGCUGCUACAGGGCUGCUGGAGAACUGCCCCUUCUUCUUCUUCUUCUCCUCCUUUUUCUCCUCCUCCUCCUCCUCCUCGUCGUGAGCGCGCGCGAGUGUGUGCGUGCCUUUGUGUGUGUGUGUGUGCGUGCGUGUGUUUUUUGUGGACGCGUAUGCGCGCGCGCUCGCAUCGAGGCUCAUCGCAUCACAUCACCCCUCUCCUCAUCACAACAGCAAAGGUUAACACUGUAGGACCAGACAAUGUUCCGCAAAAAGAAAAAGAAGAGGCCAGAAAUUUCUGCACCAAAGAACUUUGAACACCGAGUCCAUACCUCUUUCGACGCGAAGCGUGGAGUGUUCGUGGGAUUACCGACACAAUGGCAGAGUCUCAUAGAAAACCUGCGGAGACCCAAACCCAUGGUGGACCCCUCCCGAAUUACACCAGUGGAACUGAAACCAAAGAAGACGAUCGUGCGAGGGAGCUUUGUCGGCCACGGCGACUACAUCUCCGCCAUGCUGUCCGACAUGAGCCGCCUGUCGGUGACCAGCUCCAACUCGCUGCGUAAGAGCAGCCCCUCCACCCGCAAGAGGGCGCAGUCGCUCGGCCGCCUGGGCGAAGUGACGGAGGGCGACACCUACCAGUACGAGGACCUGGAGCAGGGCGACCCCGAGGGCGACGCCCAUGCCCAGUGGAGGAACGUCCACAGCGAGAGCGGGACUCCGUACCUGGGCGUAAAGAAAAGCGUCGCCCUCCAGCCCAACGGCGUUCUGCCCAGGGCCAAGUCCACCUACGAGGUCAGCGUCAGCUCCCUGGAGAGCCGCCCACCUCCACCCGCCCUGCCCGCCCCUCCGCCUCCACCCUUUCCCGUGCCCCCCAGGCCUGUGUACGUGGGUGGAGACCUGGGAAGUCCUAAUGAGAGACUGAUGAUGAGGAGAGAGUUCCCUAUCAUUCUCUCCCACAACCCUCGACCCAUCUCCUGCUUCUACAGCCCCACCAUGCCCAUGCAGCACAUCCAGCACAUCCAGGGAGAGCCUGGGGGGCUCACACCGGACCUGAGGACUGGGGAUAGGCUGCUGGUUCACCCCCAGAACAGCCCUGGGAGACCGUAUUCCUCGUAUGACCUGAAGCUGCAGGCAGAUACGGCUCUGAGACCUCAGCCGGGAUUCUUCCACAGUGGUGCCAGCAGUCCCCUGGUGAACCCCACCCGUCCGCACAGGACGGUGCGCUCGUCCUCCAGCUACACCAUCGGCCUUUCCCCCAACAUCAGCUUCCGCCCCUCCGGCCCCGACCCCUUCCUGCGGCACUCCGGCUGCCCCAACCCCGGCCUUUACCCCAGGCAGGACAGCCCCUCACAGCCCCGCCCCUCGCCCACCGGCUCCUUAGCCACAAGCCCACCGGGAACCUGCUCCCCCGCCUUCAGACCCCCCCAGCACCCGUCCCCACGCCCGCCUCCCGACCCGCCCAAAGUCACCCACGAGCAGUUCAAAACCGCGCUGCAGAUGGUGGUGGAUAAGGGCGACCCUCGCGCGUAUCUGGAGAACUUUGUGAAGAUUGGUGAGGGCUCCACGGGGGUGGUGUGCAUCGCACGAGAGAAACACAGCGGCCGACUCGUGGCCGUCAAGAUGAUGGACCUGAGGAGGCAACAGCGGCGGGAGCUGCUCUUCAAUGAGGUCGUGAUCAUGCGGGACUACCAGCACAAGAACGUUGUGGAGAUGUUUAAGAGUGCUCUGGUGGAGGAGGAGCUUUGGGUCAUUAUGGAGUAUCUUCAGGGAGGAGCUCUUACCAACAUUGUGUCUGAAACCAGGCUGAGCGAGGAGCAGAUUGCCACAGUGUGUGAGGCUGUCCUGCAGGCAUUGGCUUACCUCCACUCUCAGGGCGUCAUCCACCGAGACAUCAAAAGCGACUCCAUCCUGCUCUCCCUGGACGGAAGAAUCAAGCUGUCAGACUUCGGAUUCUGCGCCCAGAUCAGCAAAGAUAUUCCCAAGAGGAAGUCAUUGGUUGGGACUCCAUAUUGGAUGGCCCCUGAAGUUAUCUCAAAGUCACCAUACGGCACUGAGGUGGACGUGUGGUCUAUGGGCAUCAUGGUGGUGGAGAUGGUGGAUGGAGAGCCGCCGUACUUCAGUGAAACCCCAGUUGCUGCCAUGAAGAGGCUGAGAGAUGAACCAGCACCCACCAUCCGAAACAUUCAGCAGGUGUCUCCGGUGCUGAAGGACUUCCUGGACCGCAUGCUAACCCGAGAACCCAUGGAGCGAGCCAGCGCCACCGACCUGCUGGAGCACCCGUUCCUCCUGCAGAGCAGCUCUCCGCAGUGCCUCGUACCGCUGGUGGAGCAGUACCGCAAGCGCAUGUCUCGCUGCUGAGCCCCCGCUGCCUCUCUCCUCCACACUUUAGAGCCUCUGCUGGCUCUCUCUCUCUCUCUACGCCCCUGCAGAACCCGGGCUCUCUCGCCCAGAGGCCUCCUGAGCUCCAGAACUACACGGCCUGGGUGUCCUGGGUGCAGAGCGGCGAGCAGACGAGGCUGCUGUUGUGUCCACAGUCCACGGUCUACAGUGGACUGACGUGGAAAACUGAACAAAACAGAACGAAACUAUUUUGGGCACUUUUUUUCUGAUGCCCUCGUGCGAUCAGGAUGAUGGUGAUGAGGAACACUGUGGUUUUAUCCACUACAGAGAAGGAUACGGCUACGAUUAUCAUAUAUACAUAUCUACAUAUAUACAGGGGUUGGACAAUGAAACUGAAACACCUGUCGUCAUUUUAGUGUGGGAUUUUAGGUUUCAUGGCUAAAUUAAAGCAGCCUGGUGUUCAAUCUUCAUUAAUUGCACAUUGCACCAGUAAGAGCAGAGUGUGAAGGUUCAAUUAGCAGGGUAAGAGCACAGUUCUGCUCUAAAUAUUACAAUGCUCACAACAUUAUGGAGACAUACCAGAGUUCAAAAGAGGACAAAUUGUUGGUGCACGUCUUGCUGGAGCAUCUGUGACCAAGACAGCAAGUCUUUGUGAUGCAUCAAGAGCCACGGUAUCCAGGGUAAUGUCAGCAUACCACCAAGAAGGACCGACCACAUCCAACAGGAUUAACUGUGGACACUGUAAGAGGAAGCUGUCUGAAAGGGAUGUUCAAAGGGGUGCUAACUCAGAUUGAAUCCAAAAAACAUAAAACCACGGCUGAUCAAAUCACGGCAGAAUUCAAAUAAAUAAAUUAUUUUGGUCUAAAACCACUUGUUUCAGUUUCAUUGUCCAACCCCUGUAUAUAUAUAUAUAUAUAUAUAUAUAUAUAUAUAUAUAUA